ACAGUUACAUUUUUUUUCACCCAGAACAGAAGAAAAGAGAUAGCAUCCAGGACUCCCCACAAGUCUAUGCAAGAAAAUAAAAACAGAACAAUGUCAAAAUUAGUGGAGUGUGUUCCCAAUUUUUCUGAAGGCAACAACAAAGAGGUGAUAGAUGAGAUUGGCAAGGCCAUCUCUCAGACAGAAGGCUGCAUGCUUCUGGAUGUGGAUGCAGGUCCUUCCACCAAUCGGACAGUUUACACCUUUGCAGGGAGUCCUGAAGAUGUAAUUGAAGGUGCACUGAAUGCAGCCAGAACAGCUUUUCAACAUAUCGACAUGUCAAAACAUAAAGGUGAACAUCCUCGGAUGGGAGCCCUGGAUGUUUGCCCCUUCAUCCCAGUGAGGAAUGUUACUAUGGAAGAAUGCAUUCACUGUGCUAAUCUAUUUGGAAAGCGUUUAGCAGAUGAACUGCAUGUCCCUGUAUAUCUGUAUGGCAAAGCAGCUCUGAAGGAGAACAGAAUAUCUUUGCCAGCUGUAAGAACAGGAGAAUACGAAGCUCUCCCAGAGAAACUCAAGAAACCAGAAUGGACUCCUGAUUUUGGCUCUGCAACCUUUGUUCCAAGAUGGGGCGCAACAGUAACAGGUGCACGGACAUUCCUCAUAGCGUAUAACAUCAAUCUGCUGAGUACAAAGGAGCUGGCACACCGGAUAGCACUUAACAUUCGGGAGCAAGGCCGUGGAAAGGACCAGCCUGGGCGAUUGAAGCAGGUGCAAGGCAUGGGCUGGUACCUGGAGGAGCAACAUAUUGCUCAGGUUUCUACAAAUCUGCUGGAUUUUGAAAUCACUCCCCUUCACAAAGUCUAUGAGGAGGUCUGCAGUGAUGCCAAGGAUCUCAAUCUGCCAGUAGUGGGAUCUCAGCUAGUGGGCCUGGUCCCCAAAAAGGCCAUUUUGGAUGCAGCAGAUUUUUAUAUUAACAAAGAAAAUCUCUUCAUCCUUGAGGAAGAUCAUAAAAUCAGACUGGUAAUCAACCGAUUGGGGCUGGACUCUUUGUCUCCAUUCAAUCCCAAAGAGCGCAUAAUAGAGGACAUGGUGCAGGACGGCAAAGAGAGUGGCAGCCUGAUGUCGUUACCUCUUCACACUUUUGUGCAGAAAGUUGGUGCAAGAUCAGCUGCUCCUGGAGGAGGAUCAGUAUCGGCAGCAAUCUCUUCUUUGGGGGCAGCGCUGGGCUGCAUGGUGGGGCUGAUGACUUAUGGAAAGAGACAGUUUGAGGAACUGGAUCCAGUCAUGAGGCAGUUAAUUCCUCCAUUCCAUCAGACCAUGAAUGAGCUGGUACUCAUGGUAGACACAGAUUCUUUGGCUUUCAGCAGCUACAUGGAUGCUAUGAAGCUUGCUAAGAAUACACCUGAGGAAAAAGAAAGGCGUGCAGCAGCCAUGCAACUGGCCCUGAAAAAUGCAGCUGGUGUCCCUUUCUUGCUGGCAGAAAAAGUUCACUCCUUAUGGCCCCUUUUAAAAGAAAUGGCUCAGCAUGGAAACUUAGCCUGCAAAUCAGAUAUUCAGGUGGCAGCUAAAGCUCUAGAAGCUGGCCUGUUUGGUGCCUAUUUCAAUGUUGUCACCAACCUGAAAGAUAUAACAGAUGAAGACUUUAAGCAACAGGUUGACACCUUCUCUUCCAACAUGUGGAACCCUAAUCCAGGAAUGCCUGGUGGGAUGCCACCUCAGCAACCUUACCCCACUCCUCCUGGACCAUACCCUGGACCAUAUCCUGGGCCAGGCAUGCAGCCAUGCCCAGCCCCAGGUUACCCUGGCCAGCCUCCUCCACUAUCUGCUUUCCCUGGGCCAUGUGGGCCCACUCCUCAUAGACCACACCAUCAUGGACAUCCUACUCCACCUGGAAUGCUCCCUGGAGGACCUGAAUGCUAUCCACCACCACCACCAGGUUGCCAUCCUCCUGGAAGCCAUCAUGGGCACCACCAAAAGAAGCACAAGCAUCAUAAGCAUGGCCAUGGCCAUCAUGGCAACAAGCACUGUGGCAGUUCCAGUAGUUCAGAUUCAGACUGAAGAUAGCCUUUCCUCUAUCAGGUGUACUGCUUUUGAACACAACACUGCAACUUAGAGCUAUUCUGAAAUUUCUCCAAUAUCUUUGAUAUGGUUCAGAAAUCAUGUAAUACUUUUGUUUAAUUUGUACCAAUUCCAAAAAGAAAUGUUUAAAAAUUUAUGAUAUACCAAGGUUCCUAUCCAUUUUCCACUGGGCGUUCAUCUUAUCCCUUAAAUAAAGAUAUGAUAAUUUAGAUAUCCAC